CCAGCUCACAACUCAUCAUUCCCCCACCGCCCACCACAUGCAGCAAAUUCUUCCCGUGCCUGUAUGCAAGGUACGAUACCGAACCCCUCUUCAACCCCAGCAAAUCCCAACCCCAUCCUAGCAAGGUUGCAUGCCAUGGAAACGUCGCCGCCGCGCAAGUGUUUGGGAAAUCUUGCUCGGAUCCUGGACGUCCCUCAAACCGGUUCGAUAGAUCUGACUCCUCCUCUUUCUUUGCUGCUGGCCAUGUGUAUAUUUUCCUGCCUGUUGCUAUUGAAGACUCCGCUAUGGGAGUCAUUGGUGAUGUCACGAGGAAAAGGCAAAUCCACGUCUAUUUAAGCUCGCGAAAGAAGCAAAUCCCUAAUACCGGGGUGCUGGAACCGUGUCUGAAAGGGGACAAGCGCGGUCAGAGGAGAAUAGCAACGCAGUCAUCAAAUAUAAGCGCAGAAACCUCGAAAGAGUGCAUGGUUCCAGUCGACUGCGUGAUGAUUGAGAUGAUUGUAAUGGUAGGGAUCGUAAUAGGGGAAAGAAAGGGAUACUCGGGAGAACGUGGGAGUGGCUGUGUUUGCAUUUGA